ACUGAUGCGUGCCGUCGUACUGCACUCUCGCGUGAUUGGCUUCCGGUUACUAAAACUGACCAGUUCCUCGGCAGCUGGUCAACGCCGCCUUCUCCAUCUCUCUCGCGAUCGCCAUGGCCGCGGCUCCGCCUCAUCGGCUCGUUUCUUUCUUGCUCUCCUUCUCCCUCGCGCUCCCCCUCGUCGCCGCCGAAUGCUUCACCUCCAUCUACAGCUUCGGCGACUCCCUGGCCGACACCGGCAACGCCAUCCGCCUCGGCUCCCUGGGCGGCCCCACCGGGAACCUCCCCUACGGACGCACCUUCUUCCAGCGCCCCACCGGCCGCUUCUCCGACGGCCGCCUCAUGAUCGACUUUAUCGCGCAAGGAUUGGGGUUGCCUCUGGUGCCGCCGUAUCUCGGCGGAGGGAGCGGCGAGGAUUUCCGGAAAGGGGUUAACUUCGCGGUCGCUGGAGCCACUGCGCUCGAUCUGUCCUUCUUUAGAGCCAAGGGGAUUCAAGCUACCUGGACCGACAGAUCCUUGCAUGUGCAGAUCGGGUUGUUCAAGCAAUUGUUGCCUUCGAUUUUUCCUGGUCACGAUCCGAAAGAUGUAUUGAAUAGUUCAUUAAUCUUGAUGGGAGAGAUUGGUGGGAAUGACUACAACCAUCCAUUCUUCCAACGAAGAACAGUGGAGGAAAUAAGAACCUUUGUUCCUGACGUAAUUGGUUCAAUUAGUUCAGCGAUCAACGAGUUAAUCAGUCUUGGGGCAAAGACAAUGUUGGUUCCGGGAAACUUCCCGAUUGGAUGUGUGCCUGUGUAUUUAGAUAUCUACAAGACUGAGAAUGUUGAAUACUAUGAGUCAGAAACAAGUUGCAUCAAAUGGUUGAAUGAGCUCUCUCAGUACCAUAACCGCUUGCUCAAGGAGGAGUUGGAUCGGCUUUGGAAGCUUCAUCCACAAGUGAAGAUUAUUUAUGCUAAUUACUAUGAUGCCAUGCUAAGCUUCUUCCGUGCUCCACAUGUCUUCGGAUUUAAGUUUCCUCUACGUGCAUGCUGCGGAAGCGAUGGCCCAUAUGGCGUCAACCCAAAUGCUGCUUGUGGCCACAUAAAUGCAAAGGUUUGCAGCGAUCCAUCUCGCUCAGUCUCCUGGGAUGGCAUUCACCUGACCGAGGCAGCUUAUGGAGCAAUUGCAAAUAGCUUAUUAGAAGGACCACAUGCUGACCCUCCCUUAAAGCAGGCAUGCUUAGGCAUCCAACUGAAUGAUGUUUAUGACUUCUAGCCGGUUUAUUGUCAAGGCUAUUCUCAUUCUUCGCUGGCUGAGGAUGCUACUUCCGAGCAUUUGUUUCUACAUAGGGGCUGACUGGUUUCCUAAAUCUUGUUCAGCAGAGAAUGGAUGAUGGAAUGACUCAAACUGAUUCAAGGUGCCUCUGCUGUGUUAGCAUUGCCUUGUUAACGAAUGCUAUUAGCUUUUGAAUCUAAUGACCCAUAAGAUUCAUGCAAUAUAAUAAAUGCAAAAAAUACUUUUGUAGUUUCCA